AUGUGUGGUGGUAAGAAGAAGCCGGCACCGAUAGCCAAGGCUCGCACCUCAAACUACACGACGAUGGCCGCAACGACCACGACCGGAAUGAACAAGUCACAGCAGCAGGCUCCCAUUCUCCCGUCCGCGCCGCUAGCAACGAAGGAUGAGAAAAAGGAAGAGAAGAAGGAGGAUAAAAGGGAAGAGGAAAAAAAGGAUGAAGAGAAGAAGGAUGAGAAAAAGGAUGAGAAAAAAGAUGAGGCGGAGAAGAAGAAGGAAGGCGGCGAGAAGAAAGAUGAGGAGAAAAAAGAAAAGGAAGAGGAACCGAAGAAGGAAGAGAAAGAGAAGAAACUCAAGAGCGAGAAAAAGGAGAAAAAAGAGAAGGAACCGUCGCUGAAGCCCAAAGCUCAGAAGUACACGGAGAAGGAGCAAGCGAUCGCUGACGGACAGAAGAAGAAAAAAACAGACUACCAGACGAUGGACGAUGUUGCCAGUGAUUGGGAGGAUGAGGUGAAGAAGAAUAGGAAGAAUAAGGCGAACGAAGAAGAGAAAGAGAAGACGGAAAAGAAAGAGGUAGACGAGGAAAAGAAGGAGGAUGGAGAAGAAGAGAAGAAGGACGAGUAA